GAAAAUGGCUCUUGGGGGAGCGAUGAGUGGCUGGGCUUUAGCUCUGAUAUUUUCGUGUCUUGUUUCAUUAAGCUGGUCAGAUGACAUUUUAGGAUGUGGUGGGUUUUUGAGAAGCUCUGUUGAUAUCGAAUACUCCAAGGUUCAAGUUAAGCUAUAUACCAAACAAGGAAGCUUGAAGUACCAGACAGACUGUGCUCCCAAUAAUGGCUACUACUUCAUGCCAGUGUAUGACAAGGGUGACUAUGUUAUCAAGAUUGAGCCUCCAGAUGGCUGGACAUUCGAGCCGUCCCAGGUGGCGCUGGCGAUUGACGGUCAGACGGACCGCUGCUCGGCCGGGCAGGACAUCGACUUCAGCUUCCGUGGCUUCGGCGUCACCGGCCAGGUGGUGAGCCUGGGCUCGGCGAACGGGCCGGCCGGUGUGACGGUGACGCUGAGCGCGGCGGCGGCGGCCGGCGGCGACGCGGCCGGCCUGCACAGCCGCACCACCUCCGGCGCCGGCGGCCGCUUCACCUUCAGCCCCGUACCAGCCGGAGACUACGAGGUGACGGCCAGCCACCCGGUGUGGCGGCUGGCCAGGGGCCGCACCAGCGUCUCUGUGCGCGGAGACAACGGCGACGUGGGUCAGCAGCUGGCCGUGGCUGGCUUCGACCUCUCCGGACAGGUGGUGAAUGCUGGUGAGCCGGUGCCGGACGUGACGCUAGUGCUGCACGGCCGGCGCACCUCGGACGCCGCCGGACGCUUCCUCUUCCCGGUGGUGCCGGCCGGCACGUACACGGUGGUGCCGGUGUACGUGAGCCCCAACACGCGGUUCGACGUGCGCCCCGCCGAGGUGGAGGUCACCGUGGCGCAGGGCAGCGCCGCUGUGCCGACGCCAUUCCAGGUGGUGGGCUUCACCGUGAGUGGUCGCCUGCUCACCUCCGUGUCGGGCGGCACCGAGCUGGGCCUGGCCGGCGCCGCCGUGCUGCUCGACGGCCGGCCCGUGGCCGUCACGGACGCCCACGGCCGAUACGUGAUGGAGAGCGUCACGCGAGGCCAGUACCAGCUGACGGUGGAGGCAGAGGCAGUGCAGUUCGAGCCGCGGCCGGUGUCCGUGUCGCCGGCGUCGCCGGUGCUGCCGGACCUGGUGGCGGCCCGUCUGCGCGUGUGCGGCCGGGUGGAGCUGGCCGACCUGCCUGAAGGCGUCGCCCCCGGGCCCAGGACCGUGGAGCUGCGCGAAGCCGGCCCGCAGGGCGCGGCGCACACGGCGACCACGGAGGCCGACGGCGCCUUCUGCCUGUUCGUGCGGCCCGCCACCUACCGGCUGCGCGUGCUGGUGUCGGACGAGGAGAAGCGGCGCGGUCUCAGCUUCGGCUCGGCGCAGCAGGAGCUGGCCGUGUCGGCGCCCGUCAGCGGCGUGCAGCUGUCGCCGUUCCGGGCCCGCGUCUCCGGCGCCGUGGCGUGCCGGCAGCCGUGCGCCGGCCUGCCGCUGACACUGACGGCCGACGGCCUGGCGCCGCGCACCGCCGUCGCCGACCAGGGCGGCCGCUUCAGCUUCGAGGACGUGCUGCCCGGACAGUACGACGUGGCGCCGGUCAAGGAGGAGUGGUGCUGGCAGGAGGCCUCUGUGCCGGUCACCGUCACCGUCAGUGACGUGUCGGACGUGCGGCUGGCCCAGACGGGGUACGCGCUGACCGUGGUCACCUCACACCCGACCGCGCUCCACUACCGGCCGGCCGACGGCGAGCCGGCGGCCUCCGCCGGCCAGACCCAGCUGACCACGGGCUCCAACCGGCUGUGCGUGCCGACGGCCGGCGCUUACUGGCUGGAGCCGCGCGGCUGCCACACCUUCGCCGAGGCUCGGGUGCGCGCCGACACGGCGGCGCCGGCGCCGCUGGAGCUGCGCGCGCAGGCGCACGCGGUGAGCGGCGCCGUGCGCUGCGAGCAGGCGUCCGACGACGUGCGCGUCCGGCUGUCGGUGGACGCCGAGGCGCGCGAGCUGGAGACAAGCUCGGCCGACCGGCGCCUGCACCGCUUCUCUGUGUCGGCGCGGCCGGGCCAGGUGCUCACAUUCCAGCCGCAGUCGGACACGCUGCUGUUCACGCCCACGUACCACCAGAUCACGGCCGGCGAGGACUGCCUGCCGGACGCCGUCGCCUUCCAGGCGCGCCGCGGCGCCUUCAUCAGCGGUCAGAUCGUGCCGGCGCUGGGCGGCGCUCGGGUCACGGUGUCGGCCGCCGAGAUGGAGCCGGUGUCGGCGGUCACCGACAGCCGCGGCACCUACCAGAUCGGACCCCUCCACCCGGAGCGCCAGUACCAGGUGACGGCCGAGAAGGAGGGCUACGUCAUCAGCCACACCGAGCGGCACGGCCACUUCCGCGCGCGCAAGCUGGCCGAGCUGCGCGUGCGCGUGACGGACGAGCAGGGCGGCCCGCUGGGCGGCGUGCUGGUGUCCGUGUCCGGCGGCAAGGACUACCGGCGCAACAGUCUGACCGACGAGGACGGCAGACAGGCAUUCCUGUCGCUCAGCCCUGGCCAGUACUUCAUCCGGCCCAUGAUGAAGGAGUACGAGUUCACGCCGCCGUCCAAAAUGGCCGAGAUCGCAGAGGGAGCCACACUGGAGGUGGCCGUCAGCGGCCGCCGAGUGGCGUACAGCCUGCGGGGCCGUGUCACGUCCGUGACGGGCGAGCCGGAGCCGGGCGUGACGGUGGAGGCGGUGGCCGGCGCCGACUGCCAGCACCACCAGGAGGAGGCGGCCAGCGAGCCGGGCGGCGCCCUGCGUAUCCGCGGACUGCGACCCCAGUGCGAGUACACGGUGCGGCUGAAGCCAGACUCGGAGGCGAACGCGGCGUUCUCCCGCGGCAUCCCGCACUGGCAGACCGUCAAGGUCACGGACGGCGACGUGGCGGACGUGCGCCUGCUGGCCGUGCGCCGGCUGGGCGAGACGGACGUGACGGUGCACGUGCAGGCGGUCGAUCACGGCGCCUCUUGA